AUGGCCACGGCGGCCGCGCGCCUCCGACACCGCAUGCUGGGCUUCUUCGAGGGAGGGGAGGCGGACCACGUGGCAGACCCACUGCUGGAUGUGGUGCACCAGUACCCUGAGGAGGCCGCGUGGUUCAUCAAGGUGGUCAUGUUCUUUGGGAGCAUCUCCGGGGUGAUCAUUUCCAUCCCCUGCGGGGUCUUCCUCACCAUGUACUGGGCGGACUGCGGGCUGUGCAACCGGCCGCUGCGGUACUGGAUCCUGGUGCACUGCGCUCUGCAAAUGCUCCAGGCGCCGGUCAGGCUGGUCUUUUUCCUGCGGCUCUGCCAUGUGCAGCGCAUCAAUGGAAACAUCCAGGAGUGUGUGAGGCAGCUGACGCACAGCGCGGCGUGGAAGACCAGCAAGGUGGUAUCCAUCAUCACCUACGGGUGGUUCAUUUUGGGUGUGGUUUGGCUCCUGAACUCGACCUACUGCAAGCCUUGCCCGGGUCUCUACCGGCUAUCCCUGGCGGUUAUUUUUGCAGCGGUGGCCAGGUUGCUGAUGACCCUCAUCGUCUUCUACCACUCCUUCCCCCCGCGUUUCCAGGGCCAAUCCGCGCCCAAGCCCCGGGGCGCCAACCAGGAGCUCAUCGACUCAAUGCCACUCAUUGUCUUCGUCCCGGAGACCAAGGGCCAGGAGUCCGGCUGCGCGGUGUGCCUCAGCGACUUUGAGCGGGACUGCGUGCUGCGGCGCCUGCCCUGCAGCCACAGCUUUCACCGGGGCUGCAUCGACAAGUGGCUGAAGCGGAACAAGGUCUGUCCCCUGUGCCUGCAGGACCUGUUAGAUGUUGUUUUUUGUUUUUCGUUUGUUUUGGUUUGGGAGGUGGUGUGA